AGCCGGCAUAGUUGCCGGAAACUGCCCCUCGCUGUCGGAUUAUUUUUGGGUUUAGUAAACCCUUUUUCCAGUGGGCUAGCCAAAAGCCCACCUGUUUUCCUUUUUAUUUUUUUAUUUUUUUUUAAGUAAAUAAGUGUCGACGAUUAAGUAAAGCAGCAUCUCCUCCAUUUUCAUCGUCUUAAAACCUAACUACUCUCCCCCCGACAACCAAACCAGCAUCAGCGCCUCCUUCUCUGCUGCUGCUAUUCUCGCUUCUGCAUCAAUGGCUGUCACAUUUUACGAUCUGAGCACUGAUGCUGGUUUGAAAAAGCUCGAUGAGUACCUCCUUAGCAGGAGUUACAUCACUGGUUACCAAGCCUCCAAGGAUGAUCUCGCCGUGUAUUCUUCCGUCUCAAAGAAAUCUUUGGAUGCAUAUGUGAAUGUAUCCAGGUGGUACAAACACAUCGAUGCGCUGUUGAGGAUCUCUGGCGUGUCCGCUGAGGGAUCAGGUGUUACAGUUGAGGGUUAUGCUCCCGCUUCUGAAGUCGCUACUCCCCCUGCUGCUGACUCUAAGGCUUCAGCUGCCGAUGAUGAAGAUGAAGAUGACGACGAUGUUGAUCUCUUUGGUGAAGAAACUGAAGAGGAGAAGAAGGCUGCUGAAGAACGUUCUGCAGCUACCAAGGCAUCCAUUAAAAAGAAAGAGUCCGGCAAGUCAUCAAUCUUGUUGGAUGUGAAGCCAUGGGAUGAUGAAACUGACAUGAAGAAGCUUGAGGAAGCCGUCAGGAGUGUCCAGAAGGAGGGAUUGCUAUGGGGAUCAUCCAAACUCGUGCCAGUCGGGUUUGGUAUCAAGAAAUUGACAAUCAUGAUGACAAUCGUGGAUGACUUAGUCUCCGUUGAUGAUUUGAUCGAGGAUCAUUUGACAGCUGAGCCGAUCAACGAGCAUGUGCAGAGUUGUGAUAUUGUUGCCUUCAACAAGAUUUGAGAGGGAUGGGUGUGCUUGCUGCAUCUCCAAUCUGAAUUUUAUCAUGUUACUAAUAUGAUUUUGUUUGAGGUCUAAUUUGUUAGAAAAACUGGCUUUGUGCCCAUGUUGAGUUGCUUGUUUCAAGACACUUGAGAAGUAGCAUGAUCAAUGUUUUUUUA